AUGACCACUUCCACCCCGCGCAUUCACUUUCUCGCCGAGCUUCCCAAGCCUCCCGUCGAUCGUCCGCGAGUGGGCUGCCCGUAUCCGAAACUUGGACAAUUAAGGUGUUCAGAUACCUCGAACAAGGCGCUCGCCCGGAGCCCGAAGUUUGACUUCCCGCCGACGCUUCCCGAGAUAUGCGACGACGGGUCACUCGAGGAAGCCAUCACUGAUGCUCUCGCAGCUGCAUCACCGGGCGAAUACACGCCAGCGUAUAUGCUCCGUCUAGCUAGUGAAUCUUCCCAAGAGUCGGAGGCAUCGGAAAGAAGCCGCGGCGAUGACCCGACGCCAAAGUCGCUAGAUGUGGCGGAAGUGGCACGACCCGUCCAGCGCCAGGUAUCUCUUGGACAUGCGUAUCGCUUUCGUAAGCUGCUCGGCAUCACGUCAACGUCAGUGGCCCCUGACGAGCGUGGACCGCUGCCCGUGGAGAUAGAGAAGUCCUUGCCGCCCUUGCCGCCCUUGCCGCCCUUGCCGCACAAGAUGGCGGCGCAGGUUAGCUCUGGCUCGACAACGUCGGGUACUGACACGUCGUCAUCGGAUGGUUCAUCCCCCGCGUCUUCGCGCCCACCUUCAGUCUUCGCGUAG